AUGGCUCGCAAUGCCGCCUUCCACCCCGAACGCGAACCACUCAAAAAUGACACGUCAUUGCGACUUGACAACAGAAAGAUCCACGGUCCUGUCACCUUUCUUAAUCCGACACAAGCCCGCUACGAUCACGCAACAGCAUCAAACGUGGGCUUCAACUGGACGUCACGCAACAACCGCAAAGGCAGGCACGCGCUGGUGGUCAAGCCUCCCGGUGCGGCCAGUGCGCAGUACACCACGCCUCCACCCAGCAACACUGCUAAGGAGGUCCUCAAGGGCAUCUGGCGAAUGUUCUGGUACUACCCUAUAUGGGACGUCAGCUACCUCGUCGCCGUGGUAUUCACCUGGGGCUCCGUAAUCUGGGUCAUCAACGCCUUCUUCGCCUUCCUCCCCUUCACCAACCCAAGCACGAGCUUUCCCACCGAGACGCUCUACGGUGGCGGCAUUACCGCUUUCAUCGGCGCCACCGUCUUCGAGAUAGGCAGUGUGCUGCUGAUGUUGGAAGCGGUGAACGAGAACCGGACGGGCUGCUUCGGCUGGGCAUUGGAGGAAGUGUACGAGGAUCACCUUAGUCGCGUGAAGCCGGACAACUGCACGCAUCACCAUCCCAACAAGGGCAACCUCAAUCCGACCGUCUCCACAGACGGCACGCCACCCGGUGCGAAAUCGUGGGUGUGGUGGCCAUCAUGGCACGAACUGCGCACACAUUACCUCCACGACCUCGGCUUCAUCGCGUGUUCGUGGCAAAUGUUCGGCGCGACCGUCUUCUGGAUCUCGGGCUUUACCGCCUUGCCCGGCAUCUUCAACCAUCUGUCACCUAUCAGCGUGCUCAACGGAGUCUACUGGGUUCCUCAGGUAGUCGGAGGUACAGGAUUCGUUAUCUCCGGUACGCUGUUCAUGCUCGAGACGCAAAAGCAUUGGUGGCAACCCGCUUUCGGCGUGCUGGGGUGGCACAUUGGGUUUUGGAAUUUGGUCGGGGGUAUUGGCUUUACGUUGUGUCCGAUUUUCGGUUUCGGCACGUCGUACUGGCGGGAGUACCAGGCUAGUUGCUCGACUUUCUGGGGUUCUUGGGCGUUCUUGGUGGGCAGUGCUAUUCAGUGGUAUGAGAGUCUGGACAAGAAUCCGGUGGAGAAGGCGAAUGGUUGA